AUGUGUUCCAAGCUCCUACAGUGCAUCUUACUGCUUCUUCCCAUCAUACCACAGGUCUGGUCUACGCCUAUAUCAGUUCUACAAAACGACCAUCCACCGUUGGCUGCGGAGAUCAGCUCUCGCUUGUCGUCUCACGCAGGCCGCCUACAGGAGCCUAAGCUGGACUCGCGCUUACCGCUGCCCACUCCUCAAGAUAUUGAAACGAUACGACGCAUCGCUGAAGUUCUGGUCACACUUGGACAGCAGGUGAUACCCUCUAUAAUCGGCCCGAGCCCCGGCACCGGAGGAUCGACUACAAUGGCCACCGUUACAGAAAUACCAAAUGAUAUAGUUAAUCUUAAUUUGCAAAAA